CAAGCCGUGUUCCAGCGGCAGGUUAUUUGUCGGGUGCGCGCGCGGCUGGGGGAACGGAAAGCGGUUGUGUUCUUUCGGUUUUUGGCCGGAACGCUAUGAGCGCGCGCCGCCGCGCUGUGCGGCCCCGGGCCACCGGGUUUCACCGCCGGGAUUUGCGGAGACGCGCCUUCAGGAGUCGCUGCUUUGGAUGCUGAGCGGCUCGGAGUGUGGAGCGGCGUGACCGGGGCGCCUCGGUGCUCACUCACUCACUCACUCAGCGCGAGCCGGUCCGUUCGAGGCUCUUGCCCGCACCCUGUGCCCCUCCCCCCGGCCCCCCCGGGCCCCUCAGCGAUGUUGCCGUGUUUGCGCAGAGUUGUGCGGCCGGCUCUCGCGCUCCGCACGCUCGCGCCUGUCUCUCACCUGGGCACGCACGCGCGCAAGGAGCCGGUGGAGUCGCUGAGCUCGCCGCAGGGAGCGCGAGACUUCAUCUACAGCCUCCAUCCCGCCGAGCGCUCGUGCCUGCUGCGGGAACUGCACCGGUUCGAGUCCAUUGCCAUCGCACAGGAGCAAUUGGAAAUGGCUCCUCCCACCGCCGCUCAGCUGAGAUACGUUCUGCUUCAUAACGCCAUUCCCUUCAUUGGCUUCGGCUUCCUGGACAACGCCAUUAUGAUCGCUGCAGGCACGCAGAUCGAGCUGUCUAUAGGAGUGAUCCUGGGCAUCUCCACCAUGGCAGCUGCUGCUCUCGGGAACCUGGUGUCAGACCUGGCAGGACUCGGUCUUGCAGGCUAUGUGGAAGCUCUCGCCUGUCGACUCGGCAUGCAGAUUCCAGACCUGAGUCCUAAACAGGCCGACAUGUGGCAGACCCGAGUCAGCUCUCACAUGGGCAAAGCCAUCGGAGUGGGAAUCGGCUGCAUCCUGGGAAUGUUUCCUCUCCUCUUCUACAAAGACGACGAGGACAAGAUGGAGGACGGCGCGGAGGAUCCGUCUCCUCCUCCUGGCUCCGCCUCCAAGAGCGCAUAAUGGCGAACGGAGCUCCUCUUCCCCGAGACCCUGUAAACGAAACAGACUGAUCGCACCGCGAGCCGAGCUGCCGAUCGCGGCGUAUUUCCAUCGACACGCAUCACACGCAUGGUUUUCUUUCAUGGCGUCGUCGCGCUGAACAUUUCCACUGAUUCUGAAUUCCUGAGAAACGAGAGCAUGAAGAGAAUCUUCAACCAUUUCAGCUGCUUUUUGAUUUCACGUCACACAAAGUUGUUUUUAUUUCUCUUUCUAGAAAUCUGUCAGCAUUGGGGUCACUUCCUUUUCCACUUCAGACUGAACCGAGUUCAUGACCAUGAACAGCGCCGACGGGGUGAAGAGGUGAACGAUAGACCGGAAACGGCGGGAAAGCUGAAGCAGAUUUCUUUUUUCACUUUAGUGAAGUUCAGUGUGUUGUAGUCAUAGUAGUAAUAAUAAUAAUAAUAAUCAUGUACAGCACUAAUGUGGCUCGCAGUUCUCGCCGAGCCAGAAGGCUGAAUGUUUUCGUGUCUUUUUCGAGAACGUACAAAAGAAGACUUUUGUGGUCGUGGACAAGACGUCAGGCGUGAUAUCGACCAAAGAAAAGAAGUAUGUUUUUAUUAACUGUUUAAGGACGACGUGAAACACAAACCAGAACACGUCUUUUUUUCUUUAACGUGGCGUUUGGGAAAGCGGGGGAGGGGGGAAUUGUGUGAUUAUUAUCGCUUCGUAUUAUUUUCCCUGAUUUGCAUGUGCAUGGUGAUUUAAUCCAAAAACAGAGCAAUGUUUAAAAUCAGGCGUUUUUGUAAAGUUACUGCAUUUUGGUGUAAGAUUGCAAGAAAAAACAAGAUUUUAUAUUUUACGCAACACGAACUAACAAGAUUUAACAAAAUGACGAAUUUAGAUUCGUGGCUUGGUUUAAUUUGUGUUUUAGUUUUUUCUCUUAAGUGUUCCAUUUUUUUUCCCGCUUUCCUCCAACGAUUGAAAUAUUUCAGUUGAAAUCUGAUUACGUUAAAAACACACUAACUCACAGUGCGUUUAAUGGAUUUAAAAUCGUAACAUGUAAUUUGUUCACCUCUUCCUUCAGGCAGCGUCACACUCGCGGACUCCCUUCCUCCUGAACAUCAGGAAAUUGAUUAGAAUAUCAACAUGUCGCUGUGUGAUUUUCGAGAAAUCAUCUCCGCUUCCUUCAGACUGUGAAGAAUUUAAUUUCUGCCCCCGUCCUGAUGCUGAGAGAUUGAAAUGGAACUCAGCCCUGAAUUUAAAUCACAUCAGUGGUGUAAACACACAUUUUUACUCCUGGGAAUACUGCAUCGUGUGCAGCCUGUUGGCUAUUUAAUCGGGAGCAAAAUCGCUGUGGGACAAACAUCAUCUACAUCAUCAUCAUCUACAUCAUUUUCAUCAUCAUCGUACACUUUAAUUUAAAAAACUCGACUCUGUGCACCAUAGACACUGGACAUCAGGACUUUAUCAGACUUUGUGCUGUUUGUUUGAAUGUUUUAUUCGUGAAUCAGUUUAACGCUGAACAAGCGCCACGGAUUGUUCUGUUUUGAGUCAACGCACAAAACCACAUGAAGCUCGCACAUCCUGAUUCCCAGAGUAACACGUCCCAGGGGCCGACAUGGGCGGAGCUUAAGACAAUUGCAUAUGUGAUGUGUACAGGAUGACACUUAAGCAACAUUGGCUAAGCGAGCCAACUUAAAUUUGUGAUUAAAAUCAAUCCCAAAGUUUCUCAGCACGCUCGCUAAUAUUCAGCGAAUUAUCGAGUGUGUAAAAAUUAUUACGAUGACUCAAAAAGGGACUAUGGAUAACGAAAAGUGUCAGAAAUUCAUAAAACGCCGUUAACUUUUGAACAGCAAAUACAAAAUGAAUUGAUUAGCAAUGCUAGCCUUAGCUAACUGUUCGCAUUGUUUUGGAUCUAGCUAAUCCACAUGAGUGAUGUAACGCACUCAGGCCUAUGAUUGGCAGAUCAAGCUCAACUUAAGCUCCUCCCCCAUUAGCCAACCUCUCAGAAUCAGGAUUUCCUCCUGCACACUACAGAGACACGACAUCUACACUUCAUAAACACUGCAUACACACUUCAUAAACACUGCACAGACCUCAGGCACGCUUCUGUGUUAUUCUGUGCCUUAAUGCAGAGGCGAUGUGAGGAGAACGUCUCAAUUUACACAUGCGGUGAUGUCAUCAUCAUCAUCAUGAUAAACACGGCUUUAGCAUGUUAUAAACACACUCGUGACAGGAGAACGUCCAGACCAGGCCGUGUGUUUAUUGUUUUCAGUUUAAUUCCCACAAUCUCACAACUACAAGCGACAAAACGACACCGAAGGCUAAACGGCGAGCUGUCGAGUUCAGGGUGGAAAGAUUUUUCGAGUAAUUAAUUACUUUCGCCCUUUUUUUUUUUGAGAAUUUUGCUUGAAAUUCUUAUUUUCAUUUCAGAAGAUAAAGAACCCAUCAAGUCAACUUAAUAAAUCAAUCAAUUAAUUAUGAAGCAAGCUCGUUAAUAUCAGACUAAAUCUUUCACCAGCUUGUUUUCACUCGGAAUCUCGCAAAACAAAAUGUCAUUUAUUUCGAAAGACUUUAGUUCGAGUUUUAGUUCUAAAGACUAAAACAUAUCUUAGACAUAAUAUGAAGUAAAUAUUUUUAAUAAAUGUUAAAAUUAUUUAAAUUAAUUAUAUAGAUUAUUCAAUUCAAGUUACACACCAUUAUAUCUGUAAUGAUCAUGUGACCAAGCUCCACACAAAUCCAAAUGACCUUUAACCUUCAGUUUUGUGCCAGAAAUCAGAUUUUCAGCGUAAUAUUAAUCCUAAACAUGACUUGUUGUGGUUUUGAGAUCAUGGGACUAAAUUUUUUUUUUCUGUAUUUUUUGCACGACAUUUCUCUCUCAUGCUGCUGAAAGUUUGCACAACUCAUUGAGCCUGCAUGUUAGAUUUUAUUUUAUUUGUUUGUUGGUCAUGAAUUCGAAGCAUUUUAGAAGAUGAUGUAAAGCGAUCAAAACUGCUCGAGUUAUGUCAUGUCGUUGAGUGGCGUAACCAUGGCAACGCAACGCCAUAAAUGGAAGGAAGGUGCACGGGAUCUCACUGACCUCCAUGACGUGACAGCGACACUCGGGAAGCACAAGCAUUGUCAAGUGUGUGUGUGUCUGUGUGAGAGAGAUUUGUGUUGAUUAGAGAUUUAGUCAGAGAUUCAUUAGCUUGUAGUGACGAUGCAUUAAAGGUGAAAAACACCACUCAAUGUUUUUAUACCUGCAUGCAGAUAUUAUUAUGGAUUAAACUUCUUAAAGGAAAUCAAAAUGUUUCCUCAAUUGUUUUAUUGUCUAAAAGUGCCGUCUUGGUUUUAUCACCCAAGACGGUGGUGUAGUGGUUAGCACAGUCGCCUCACAGCAAGAAGGUUCUGGGUCCGAGCCAGCGAGGGCCUUUCUGUGUUCUCCCCGUGUCUGCAUGGGUUUCCUCCGGGUGCUCCGGUUUCCCCCACAGUCCAAAAACAUGCAGUUAGGUUGAUGUGGGGCAGCCUUGGGCUGAGGUGCCCUUGAGCGAGGUACCGAACCCCUGACUGCUCCCCAGGCGCUCUAGUGUGGCUGCCCACUGCUCUGAGUGUGUGUGUGUGUGCAUGUGUUCACUGCUUCAGAUGGGUUAAAUGCAGACGAUGAAUUUCACUGUGCUUGAAGUGUGCAUGUGACAAAUAAAGGCUUCUUCUUCUUAA